AUACACAGCAGCAACAUACAGCAGCAGAUUUUUCUCACCGGAAGAAUGGAAUCUGUAACCAAGCAUGCAAUUGUGAUUAAAAUCAUGGGUCGUACCGGAUCCAGGGGGCAGGUGACUCAGGUGAGAGUCAAGUUUCUUGAUGACCAGAACAGGUUUAUCAUGAGAAAUGUGAAGGGACCAGUCAGAGAGGGUGAUAUUCUCACACUGUUGGAGUCUGAGAGGGAAGCCAGGAGGUUGCGUUGAGCCCAUGAUUAUGAUUGCCAAAUCAAUAUUCCCUUGAAUACUCGAUAUUGGCUGGGAUUUUGUUCCCUAUUUAAUAGUCUUUGGUUUUGUUUGCUUAGACUCUUAUAAGUAUGGACAUGUCGAUUUUUGUCAUUUUUGUGCACUUCAUGUUUCUGGAAUAGUUUUAAUAUAAUAUU